AUGGUUUGUAAUGAAUUUGAAGGAACUUCAACGCCCAACAUAUCGAUCGUCGGUGGAGCCCUCGCUUCCCCCGGUGAAUUUCCUCAUUUGGCCGGUCUUCAUUUGUUUUUAUCUGAUUGGAAGUGCGGUGGAACUUUGAUCAACUCAAACGUUAUUUUGACAGCGGCUCAUUGUUUAGAAAGGUUUAGUCCAGGCGACGUUUCAUUUUUCUAUGUAACUCUUAAUACGGUGUUGUAUAACGGUUGGGUAGAGGGCAGUGUUUUUCGAAGGGUGUCUUCUUAUAUUAUGCAUGAAAACUACAACGGCGCCACGUAUGAGAACGACAUCGCUUUGAUUGCUUUGGAUGAAGCCGUUACAGAUGUUGAUUUCGUCACUCUUCCGAAAAACGAAGCACUCGUAGAACAAUCAAUUGAAAUUCCAUCGACGAAAACACCGACAGAAUCACCAACUGAACCACCGACAGAACCAACGACGGAGCCAACUACAACGAAAACACCGACAACGAAAAAACCGACAACGAAGAAACCAACUACGAAAAAACUAACAACUGCGAAACCGAAAACUACGAAGAAACCAACCGAAACCAACCAGUUGUUGCUGGUUGGGGUCGUAAUUCUUCAGUUACUAGCUCUUACAUCCAAUAAACUGUGUCUUCGUUCACUCAAAGGUGGAGUCGGUUCAAAUUUACUACUGAAGACUAACAUCACUAUUCUAGCGAAUGCAGCCUGCACAGAAGCGUAUGCAAAUUUCAUACUUAAAUUCCAUGAAACCACGAUGUUGUGUGCCCCAGCAAUCGGAAAAGACACUUGUCAGGGCGAUAGUGGCGGUCCAAUUUACGUCGACGGUGUUCAAGUUGGAAUUACCAGCUGGGGUGUAGGUUGCGCUCAUCCUAGUUAUCCCGGUGUUUACACACGGCUCACAAAUUACAUGGACUGGAUUGCAACAGCUCAGACGAAACUGUUGAACGGCUAUUGA